CAUCGGCGACGGCGGAGGCGCGGUCAGCUCAGCGUCGGGCUGGAACUAGAGAAGUAACGCGCAGACGCCUUGAGGGCCGGCGGAAGGGGGAGGGAUGCGGAGCAAGUAGCGGCUCUUGGUUUGUUUGGGUUGUAGGUGGUGCGGCAACAGUCCGGGGAAAGUGGGAGAUGGCGGCGCCUAGCGCGGGCGCCUGUCCCGCCGUCCACUCAAAGGGGCUAAUGGCCGUUGACAGAGGGCGCAGGCUAUUGGGCGUGUGUGGCAUGCAUCCUGACCAUCAGGAAGCCCUGAAAAAGAACCGAGUGGUGCUGGCCAAACAGAUGUUGCUGAGUGAACUGUUAGAACACCUCCUGGAGAAGGACAUCAUCACCUUGGAAAUGAGGGAGCACAUUCAGGCCAAAGUGGGCAGUUUCGGCCAGAAUGUGGAACUUCUCAACUUGCUGCCCAAGAGGGGUCCCCAGGCUUUUGAUGCCUUCUGUGUGGCCCUGAGGGAGACCAAGCAGGGUCAUCUGGAGGAUCUGUUGCUCACAACUCUCUCUGGACUUCAGCAUGUACUCCCACCGUUAAGCUGUGACUACGACUUGAAUCUCCCUUUCCCGGUGUAUGAGUCCUGUUCCCCUCACAAGCAGCUCCGCCUGUCUACCGAUAAUGUGGAACACUCCCUAGACAACGGAGAUGGUCCUCCCUGCCUUCAGGUGAAGCCUUGUACUCCUGAGUUUUAUCAAACACACUGCCAGCUGGCCUAUAGGUUGCAGUCUCGGCCUCGUGGCCUGGCACUUGUGCUGAGCAAUGUGCACUUCACUGGAGAAAAAGACCUGGAAUUUCGCUCUGGAGGAGAUGUGGACCACAGUACCCUAGUCACCCUCUUCAAGCUCCUUGGCUACAAAGUCCAUGUUCUACUUGACCAGACUGCACAGGAAAUGCAAGAGAAACUUCAGAAUUUUGCCCAGUUACCUGCUCAUCGUGUCACUGACUCCUGCAUAGUGGCCCUCCUGUCUCAUGGCGUGGAGGGCGGCGUCUAUGGUGUGGAUGGCAGACUGCUUCAGCUGCAAGAGAUUUUUCGGCUCUUUGACAAUGCCAACUGCCCAAGCCUACAGAACAAGCCGAAAAUGUUCUUCAUCCAGGCCUGCCGUGGAGAUGAAACAGAUCGUGGGGUUGACCAGCAAGAUGGAAAGAACCAUACCAGGUUCCCCGAGUGUGAGGAGAGUGAUGCUGGCAAAGAGGGGUUGCUGAAGAUGCGCCUGCCCACUCGCUCAGACAUGAUCUGUGGCUACGCCUGCCUCAGAGGGACUGCCGCCAUGCGAAACACCAAACGGGGUUCCUGGUACAUUGAGGCCCUCACUCAAGUGUUCUCUGAGAGGGCCUGUAACAUGCACGUGGCUGAUAUGCUUGUGCAGGUGAAUGCACUUAUCAAGGAGCGUGAAGGCUACGCCCCUGGCACAGAGUUCCACCGCUGCAAGGAGAUGUCUGAGUACUGCAGCACUCUGUGCCGUCACCUCUAUCUGUUCCCAGGACACCCUCCCACGUGAUGCCAUCCUCAUCAUCCCCGCUGGAUGGAGGCCACGGGACCACAGGAGGAGUGGUAGAGCCUCUUAUCUUCAGGAUGCACGGUUUCUGUUCUUCCCCCUCAGGGAUUGGGACUCUCCCAGGCUUGUUCCCACGCCCAUCAUCUCUGCCGUGAAGUCCAGGACUGCAGGCCAGCCCCUCUGUGACGCUCUCCCUGUAGGGCGUCUCUGGCAGGACUCGUCACCGGGAGUGUCGGGCUGCAACAGAGGGACCUGGUGAAUGAUGUUAUGAACACAGCAUUUUAGGGGGAGAGGGCAUGUGGAUUUCCUCGAUGUUUGUGUUCACUUCCUGCCCCAGGACCUUUAUAGGUUUCACUUUGGUAAUUGCUUUUAUUACAUUAGUUAAGGUGCUUCAGAGGUCAUCUCCUGCUUUCCUUCACAUCCCAGCCUCAUUUGUCUUCAGAGUGGACAUUUGGAAGGUCUCCUGAUUUAAUGGAGGCAUUUUUCAUUUGGCUUCAAAAGGGCAAGUAGGUCUAGUGACACUGCUGUGUGUGUGGAAGUGACACGUGCAUCCCUAUCCUACCGCAAGGCUACCUUUUCAACACCAGUCUUUCAACAUCACCCUUAGUUCCUCUGGGCUCAAGGAGUCCAACAGAGCUUGAGGUUUGAUGCCUUGCACCUGUAACUGACUGAACUUUGUCCAUGGAAGUUCCAAAGAUCUUUUUAAUUGGUUGUUCUUUCUCUGAGCUUGGUUACUAAAACAGGAGUGUGUCAGCAGAGGCAGAUAAGAAUGGUUUGCUUCCUCAUAUUCUGUGACCUGUCACCUUUUGCUCUGAAAUGUCCUUUCUGUAAAAGGUACCUCACUGUUAUCUCCCUGCUUCCUGUUUCUUCCCUCUUUCCCUUUAUUUCAUCCUGUUUCCUGCUGCCACCAAAUCUAUCUAAAAUACCACCUAAUUGGGUCAUUUGACUGCUCAAGGAUGUAGUGUAGUACCUGUUCCUGCUUUCUGCUUCAAUACCCAGUCCCCUUUUGAUUUUAUAGUGCCUGUUUCCCCUUCACAUGUGUCUCCAUUUCAGGGAGGCUCUUGCUUCACAUGUUACUUGUUUACCCUAGAAGCCUUAAUCUGUGCUUCUGUGAAACUUGCCUGCUCUUUAAGGCCUCCUUUUUACUUCCGUUGUCUAAUCUCUGUGUGACAGAUUUUGGGUUUUGGUUUCUAAAUACAAAUCUGACCGUGUCACUCCCUGCUUGGAACCCUGUGAUUUCCUAUUGCACCUCAAAUAAAAUCCAAACUUGUUACUUUGGUCUGCAGGGACCCUGCUUUCCCCUUGAACUUCAGUAAGUCCUGGUUUCCCUCUUGAGUCACAGCGCAGUGGCUUCCUCUGUCUCUCAAACCUCCUGAGCCCUUUCCUGUCCUGGACCAAUGCAGACACUUUCCAGGGUCUUCUUAGCUCCACCUCUCACCACACAUGGUUUGAUUGGCUUCUUUAUUCAAAUCUUGGCUUGAAUGCUACUUUCUUGUAGAGGUCUUCCCAGGCCAUUUAUCUCUUUAAUUUUCUCCUGUGUUUCUUUAUUACUACAUCCUGUUUAAUUCCUUCAUUGCACUUCUCACAAUUUAUUAUGACAUGUUUGCUUGCUUCACUUGUCCACUUCUUUCUCCCCUGCGAGGUGUAUGCUCCAUGAGGAUGGAAACCUUGUCUUUUGUUCAACAGUAUGUACCCAGUGCCUGGCACACGGUAGGUCUGUAGAAAUAUUGGUUGAGUGAAGGAAGGAAGAAAACAACCCUAGCUAGAAUCUUCUUCUGGACAAAAUUUCCCUUUUGGCAAUUUACACAAUUUAAUUUUUCUACUGUAUAUGUUUUUCUGUGUUUCAUUCAUCCACUGGUAUUAAUAGCGCCUGAACACAGAUGUCGUGGGUGAGACAACUUCCUCCACAUCCGCUGUGGUGCCUGGCACAGUGGUCGGGCUGUAGUAGUUCAGGUGCUCCGUGAACAGUUACUCCAUGAGCCGGGUGGUUCAGGGACUUGCUGCCAGUCAGUAUCAUGCAAGUAUUUGGGUGAUAGAACCUUUCUACUUCCCACUGCCAGGAUUUUGUAUUGCCAUCAGGUGCCAAAUAAAUGUUCGUAUUUAUUA